AUGCUACUGCUCCUGUCUCUGCACGUACCCAGGGUACGUUGUUGGACAAGGCUGGUUGUAAGGGCUGCAGGCUGGAGACUCUGGGUCUUUAUUUGCCUGAUCCUGGAGCUGCCACUAGACAGGAAUAUAAGAACAUGGACCAAGGAGACCGAAUCACCAGAAAUAGAUAUUUUGUCCGGGUCAGGUCAGACCUCAGAUAGUCCCAGGCUCAUCUACAAACCCACUGCACUGGCCAAAUAUCUGCUUCGGCACUGUGGCUCUCUGGCCAGGCCGAGACUUGCCUCCUGGCCCAGGGGAGACCCCCACCUCCAGACUCUGUCCAGCCUGCUGUGUGGACAACAUAAAGACACGUUACAGUUCACUAGAGACAAUCUGUUACUAAGAGACGGGGGUAUUUUGGCUCUGGAUUGGGCUGUGGGAACAAGACUGGGUGAGGUGGUCGGGAGGAAGGAGCAUCAGUCAGGGGGAAAGGCGCUAGGCUGCUUCACCACAACGCCUCCUGUCCUCCUCCUCAUACCAGAGUCCUGGGGAGGGAUGACUCCCCACCUAAAGGUGCUGUGCCAUCAGGCCAUGCGUCAGGGCUUUUAUGUGGUGGUGUUUCAUGCUCGAGGCACAGCGGGGUGCCCACUGACCACAGCGCGACUGACUGAGUUUGGAGACCAAGCUGAUCUUGAGCAGGCAGUGGCUUAUGUCCACAGCCGGCAUCCGUCCUCUGUAAUGGUUGCAGUGAGUGAGGGUUCAGGCUCAGGGAUUCUUCUUUCCUACUUGGGGGAGUGUGGAUCAAGUUCACACCUGACAGCGGCUGCAGCCAUCUCACCUGUACUCCAGGGACAACUGUGGUUUGAAACAGCCAUGCCUCCUAUCUAUCGCUGGGGGGUGUUGUUUCACCGGAAACUGCAGCUCAGUAGAUAUGCAAGUUCCUUCAGAGGAGUCCUGGAUGUGGAUCGGGCCCUCAGCUGUUCCUCACUCAGAGACUUUGAGGAAACUCUCUCCUGCUCUUCAACCAAGGCUUACCCAGCCAAUGACUGGGACACCUACUGGGAGAGGAACGAACCACUGAGAGAUGCAGAUGAGGUGGCGGUCCCUGUACUCUGUAUCCGCAGCCGUGACGAUCCUCUCCUCCCGCCCGCCUCAACAUUGCCCCUUCCCCUUUUCCAGAGCAAUCCAUAUUUCCUUUUGGUGCUGACAGACAGGGGAGGGCACUGUGGGUUUACUCUGGAGGGCCGAGAAGAGAUGGAGGGAGGGAGGACUGGAAAUGAAGAGGUGGAGGAUAGUAACUGGAGUCAUAUCGCAGUUCUGGAGUACUUCAGAGUAGUGGCUGAUUUCCUGAAAGGGGAGGAGAGGGAUGGGGUGAGACUGGAUGGUCCACUAGGAGAAAAUAGUCAGGCUGGGCAGAGGAGCAGGACCAGCAACAACCCUCGCAGGAGGCGAGCCAACAUGGUGAGGAGGCAAAGACUGCAGGCACCUGAAGAGAGCAGUGUGGAGGCAGAGGAAAGGAACUUCACCUGGAAGAGGUCUUACACACGCUGA